AUGUCGUCCGCCUCCUUUGAGCAGGACUAUGAUUUACUCCUCCCUGGAGAACGCGACCCUCGAGAUGCGUUUUCGAACCCGUCAAGAGGUUCGAGAAGGUCGCCGUGGGAACUGACCAAGUGGACUCUGUUGGUUGGCAUCUCCCUGAUUGUGGGAUCCGUCUCCAUUGCUUCUCUGUUCGAUCAAAUCUCGUUUUCGCGGCGAGGUCGGUUUCCUACUUGCAAUCGUCCUGUUGUUCGGCGCGAGUGGCGUGCCCUGACACCAGACGAAAGAACGCACUUCACCGAUGCUGUAAAAUGCUUGAGCUCAGUGCCGUCGACUCGGGGCUUACAUGGAUCCCUCUACGAUGACUUCGCUUUUCUGCACUUGCAACUCGGUUCCCGGUCACACGCCUCUGCUUCUUUUCUCCCUUGGCACAGAUAUGCGCUGGUUUUAUGGGAAGCUGCCCUGCGUGAGCAGUGUGGCUUCAAAGGAUCGAUACCAUACUGGGACUGGACGAUGGACUGGAUGGACUUACACAGUUCUUCAAUCUGGAACAACGUCACAGGCUUCGGAGGGGAUGGCGAUCCGGCCGGACCCAUUGUCGUUGGGGAAGGCCGCUGCGUGACUGACGGCCCAUUCUCCAAUCUGCGUCCCGUUAGAUACAACCAUACGAGCCUGGAGCACUGCCUCGCGCGAGGCUUCCGGAACGAGGACGCCGCCGGCCGUCCCUUGAACACAUGGUUCGGCCCCGAGUCGAUCGGCAGGCUUCUACGCACGCCUAGAUACCGCGACUUCGAAUGGGAUAUGGAAAACCGCCUGCACAACAGGAUGCACCGCGCCGUCAGUGGUGACUUUCUAUCGCUAACGGCCGCCAAUGCUUGUGAUGAUAUCAGUUACUACCAGACUGCGGUUUCUGCUGCAUAUGCUGAUACACUGAUUCUUGUAUUGGGAUACGGCGUGCAGUAA